UAAGCUACAAGCUAAUUAAGAUAUAUUACAAUAUAAUGGGAAUGGGAAAUGAAACAUAUAGCCUUUCAAAUUCAAUUAUCUUUCUCAUAAUUUUUCUUACCUUUGUUUCUAGUACAAAUGGUGGAGACAUUGUUGUUUAUUGGGGUCAAAACGAGAAAGAAGGUUCAUUGACUGAAACAUGUAACACAGGAUUAUACGAAAUUGUGAACAUAGCGUUUCUGUCAACAUUUGGCGAUGGUCGUAAACCUCAACUCAAUCUAGCUGGUCAUUGUGACCCCACGUCAAACAAUGGUUGCAAGAUUUUGAGCAUAGACAUAAAAAAUUGUCAAAAGAAAGGCAUCAAAGUCUUGCUGUCAAUUGGCGGCGGCGUUGAGGGUUACACUUUGUCAUCAAAUGAAGAUGCUAGAAACGUCGGAGAUUACAUAUGGAACAAUUUCUUAGGAGGGAAAUCAUUUUCAAGACCAUUAGGUGAUGUUGUUUUGGAUGGUGUAGAUUUUGAUAUUGAAGUUGGUGGUGGUGAAGAAUUUUAUGGUGAACUUGCAAGAAGAAUUUCUCAACAUAAAGGGACCAAAAAAGUGUUCUUAACAGCUGCACCUCAAUGUCCUUUCCCUGAUCAACAACUCAAAGGGGCAUUAUCAACAGGAUUAUUUGACUUUGUUUGGGUUCAAUUUUACAACAAUGAUCCUUGUUUAUUUGAUUCUAACAACCCUGGCAAGUUCCAAAAAUCUUGGAUUAAGUGGAUUUCGACUAUUAAGGUUAGUAAGAUUUAUGUUGGUGUUCCGGCUUCACCGGAAGCAUCAACUGCUGAGAGUGGUUUUGUGGCAACUAGAGUGUUUAUAAAUAAAGUGUUGCCUUUUGUUAAAAGAUCAAGCAAGUAUGGAGGAGUGAUGCUUUGGGAUAGGUUUGCUGAUAAACAAAAUGGAUAUGGUAGGAAUAUUAAGGCCUUUGUUUGAUAUUUAGUUGCAACCAUGUUUGAGAUUUUCUUUACUUUGUUUAAUUUCUUGUAUCUAUAAAUAAAUGCAAGUCUCGUUGUAAUUAGUUUGAAUUGUUGAGUCAAGUUAGUUAAUUAAGUGUGGAUUAAAGUGGAAGAACAAUGAUGUUUGAAUCUAGUACUACUCAAAUCACUCCAUUAUCAAAUUUA